UUCAGUGUCUUGGCUGAGAGAAGAGUUUUUUACCUCUCUGAGAUUUUUUUUUUCCUUGAGAGUAGUAGAGGAAGCAAGAGAGGAUUUACCUGGUCGGGUUGAGUUCACUUCAUUUGACUUUUUUUUUUUGUUGUUGUUGUUUAAAUUAUUGUUAUUAUUAUUAUUAUUAAAAUAAUCAUCCUGCCUCAGAAGAAAGGAAGGUUUUUGGCAACUCUGGUUAAAAAAAAAAAAAAAAAAGAAAGACAACUUUUCAUCAAUGGCCUCUUUUGGAUAUUUCCUGUUUCUUUGUGGGUUGAGUCAGGCUCUGUCAAGUUACCCAAUCUGGUGGUCCCUGGCCAUUGGUCACCAGUACUCCUCCCUGGGGACUCAGCCCAUCCUGUGUGGGAGCAUCCCGGGCCUGGUGCCCAAGCAGCUGCGCUUCUGUCGGAACUACGUGGAGAUCAUGCCCAGCGUGGCAGAAGGAGUGAAGAUUGGCAUCCAGGAAUGCCAGCACCAGUUUCGAGGGAGAAGGUGGAACUGCACCACUGUCAACGACAGCUUGGCCAUCUUUGGGCCCGUGCUGGAUAAAGCCACCAGGGAGUCGGCCUUCGUCCACGCCAUCGCCUCCGCCGGGGUGGCUUUCGCUGUCACCAGGUCCUGUGCCGAGGGCUCGGCCACCAUCUGCGGGUGUGACACGCGCCACAAGGGCUCUCCUGGUGAGGGCUGGAAGUGGGGAGGCUGCAGUGAGGACGUGGAGUUCGGGAGCAUGGUGUCCCGGGAGUUCGCGGACGCGCGGGAGAACCGGCCCGACGCCCGCUCGGCCAUGAACAGGCACAACAACGAAGCUGGAAGGACAUCCAUCAUCGAGCUCAUGCACCUCAAGUGCAAGUGCCACGGGCUCUCGGGCAGCUGUGAAGUGAAGACCUGCUGGUGGUCCCAGCCAGACUUCAGGGUCAUCGGCGACUACCUCAAGGACAAGUACGACAGCGCGUCCGAAAUGGUGGUGGAAAAACACCGGGAAUCCCGCGGCUGGGUGGAGACCCUCCGGCCCAAAUACAACUUCUUCAAGGCCCCCACUGAGAAGGACCUGGUUUACUACGAGAACUCACCAAACUUUUGCGAGCCCAACCCUGAGACAGGCUCCUUUGGGACCCGCGACAGGAUCUGCAACGUCACUUCCCACGGGAUUGACGGUUGUGACCUUUUGUGCUGCGGCCGCGGGCACAACACGAGGACUGAGAAAAGGAAAGAGAAGUGUCACUGUAUCUUCCACUGGUGCUGCUACGUCCGCUGCCAGGAGUGCAUACGAGUCUACGACGUCCACACGUGCAAAUAAAUCAGGCAUAAAACCCCUUGGCCGGGCUCCGAGUGGAGAAACGGAUUUUGAGCCUACUUCCUCUGAGGUUGCAGACGUGAGAGAAGUCUACUGUUUUUGAUAUUAAAAAGAAUAAAAACUGGACAAAAAAAUUUAAAAAUAAAAAGGCUAAAACUGGUUGGAUAGAAUAGGUCUAAUGACUUGUGGGCUAUCCUGAGGUGCAUCUGGCAGUCACACAAGUUCUGCCCCGACGCCGAUGCCUCCGGAAGGAGAGCGGCUUUUUCCACCAGCCCACAACACCGAGCUGGAAAGAAGAGCAAUAGCAAAAGCAUGGAUUUGCUCUGCUCCCACCCACCUGAAGUGACUCGUGUGAUUAAGUGUCCUUUGAAAGACUUGCAUCUUCCUAAGCAUCUCCUUUUCCCUCAGCCAGGCAGAGGCUGUGCUGAACAGCGGCACGGAGCUUUCUGAGAGCUCUCUCUGCAAACCCGAGUGGCCAGACUGUGUAAAAUGAGCAACAGCAGCAAAAGAAAUAAAAGCAGAUAAAUUAAGGAUUUUUCAAAUAAAGAACAUGACUACUUCUUUGCUUUUGCCUUGGAACCAGAGAAGUCUACAAAUAUUUAACAGAGCUGGAGAGUGGGCAAGCUCUUGAUGUGAAAUUUUUAGCGUAGUAGCUUCUGCCAGAUUGGACAUAGGAUCCUGUGACAUCUGUAGAAAGGGAAGGAAGGAGAAGAGGAGGGAGAAAAAGAGAGAAAACUGCUGAUGACUUCCUGUAAACGCCCUGUUGGCACACAGGUGAUGUGCACAGUACAGAAAAGUUCAGUGUCCUGUGUGUGAAGAGGACUCUGUGUGCAUUGAGAAGGACACAGUCCCACAACUGGGAAUGCUGCUCCAGCUCUCCAGCCUGGGAUGUGGCUCAGCCAGUGAGUCUUCCUUGGAAACAUGUGGUGCAGUGAGUCUCUGGGUCUGGGCACUCACUCCUGAGCACAGGACAUCCAUCUCCUCAGCACCCCAGGGAAAGGAUGGCAAGGGAAAGUGUUCACCCCUCCCACCUGGUUGGGGAGGUCUGUCACCAGCAGUGGAAAGUGCACUUAGUUCUUCCACUCUCUGCACCUGAUGCAGGCUUCCCAGGCACUUGGCAACAGCCUGAGCCCACAGGUCUGUUGGGAACAUGGAUCUGAAGGACUCAUUGUCACCCAUUAAUUGACAUGAGGGUGAAGCAACCCACCGCCACCACCACACCCCACAACUGGAGCAGUCUCAGGCUCAAGCCAAACCUUGUUCCACAGCUAAUUCCUACAGCCAUUCCCACCUAUAAAAGUGGCAAAGAUUAAAAUGGACAAAACCCAGAGUCUGAACCAGCCCAGAGUUUGGGUAAGUUUGGACACAGAGCCAAAUCCCAGCUUUGCAGUGCUGGCCCAUCUCUGCUGCUCACCCCUGACUGCCCAUCUUUGCAUGUUGCUCUGCUUCCAAUUCCAGAUCAGGAUCACAGUUCACAGAACCAGGUCUCACCUCCUCCAUGGGCUCAGCCCACCACCUCGGUAUUCACAGCUCUGUAACCCUGCUUGGGUUAUUCCUGGUCAGUGCUGGGCUAAAUGAGGGGUGAACCAAGCACAGUCACAGCCUGUUUUAGCCCCAGAUGCACUUGCCCUGUGUCCUCUUUGCCUCACCCCUGCUUUUGGGUUCCUAUCCUGGAAAAAGGACAAUGGAUGGGUGUUUAUUCUGUCUCUUCAGCAGAGGAAGGGAAACAGGGCAUGAGUUAAUUCCCCUUUCAUGGCAAUGGAAUCAUGGCCGUUGGCUGGAUCACUCCUGGAAAUCUUUGUGGAGGAAUCAGAGUGCUCCUCUCUGUGUGUCAGCCUUUUCCCAGGAACCAAAGGAGGGAGUAUGCAGAAGAAGAAGGGAACAAACAGAGCUUAAUCCCUUUAGAGAGAAAACAGGAGGAAAUGAUGCCUCCAAGGGCUGGCUCUGAGUCACAGCGUCUCCUGGGACUACUCCUAGGCUGGUGCAGUUUAUGCAUCACCCAUUUGUCUCAGGGCUGUGCCCACGGGCACAAGCAAGAUUUGCUUAUUGAUGGAGGCACUUUUAUCAGUGCUUUGCAAAAAAAAAAAAAAAAUGCUGCAGUGAAAUGAGAGUAGGAGAGAGAGAAAGAGAGAGGAGAUCAAGAGAAGCAAAGAAAAAUAUGGGGAGAAAAUCAAUCUGUGGCACCUGUCCGUGUAAACACUGCACCCCAUCAAUGGCCACACACCACGUGGAGAAGGCAAUAGGUCACUGAACACUUAAAUGAAGAUCAAUUAAUGGAUGCAUGACUGAUUUACAUAGUGCAGUCUUGGAGAAAAGGAAAACUUAAUCAUGGGAAAUAGAGAAGGAAGCCACUGCAGGGGGAGAUUGCGCCUAUAACCAACAUUCAAACACAACCUGUCAAGAAAGCAAAUGCUCCAGAAAGCCACAUAAGGGGUGGAAGACAUUGAUGAAUUGGAGAGGAUGGGAUAAGGGAAGAUACAUCUGAUUUUCUUAAUAUGAUGCAGUGCAAGCAGCCACAGUGAGAGAUGUCAGACACGUCCUACCAGGAACUUCUGUCAAUAAAUGGUGACACAACAGUGAAAAUUCAAAUCACUGCAGGCCACAGUCCCUUCAAUCCAUUGACUUCAGCGGGGUCACACCCACAGCUGGUUCCACCCUAAGAUUUUUAAGCCAAGUGGUUUCAAACUCCUUCUUUUAUGCCACACCAGUGAAGAAAUGGGCUGGAGGAUUUGGCUUCCAUGAGUGGGAGCUGGAAUCUGCCCCCAGCCCAUCCACAGCAUGUUCACAUCCACCAUUUCUGCUUUUGCACCAGAACAAGCCCAGCAUCGCCAGCAGGUGAAGCUUUUUGGGAAUUGGGGGGGAAAAAAAAUUUGAAACUGGGCAUUUGCUGAGCAAUUGCCUCUAGAGGUGAACAAAUUUUGACUGCAAGAGUGGGAUUUAUUUCAUCCAGUCUAAGCUAUUUAUCUAAUUUUCUGCUGGGAUCAAUGGCAAGAAACAAAUCCAGAAGGUGAUUGAUGGUACUUAGGAUGGUACCUAAGUUAUGUUUGGUUAAGGGCCCUCUGGGGGUAUCUCUGACUUCAGCUGCUGAGCUCAGAGCAGAUGAUGAGCUCUUCCGUGGGUCCAGACUGAUGACGUGAAAUCCACCAUGAGUCAAGGAGGUGAAGCUACAACCUGAUCAUCAUCUGAGAUGGGCUGGAAGCUGUGCUCCUUCCCUCCAAGCUGGGAUCAGGCUUGAACCAGCUCAGUGGCUGGGGACUCCUCCCCCCCAUUCAAGGGGAUUUUAACGAAGCCUGUGGGUGCUUGUUUGGGUUUGUUAUGUAAUUAAUCAUCUCUGUGAUGAUCCAGUGUAAGGGGUUGAGCAGCUGCUACUAAAGUCAAUGAAAAAUGCCUGCGUGAAUUCUGUUCAUCCCCCCGAGCACACCUGGGGGGUUCCAGUCCUGGAUCUGACUCUGCCCAUUCCUGAGGGGGUAAAGAGCCUGUCAGGGCUCUGGGAGCUGGGCCUGUGGCUGACCCCAUGGUUUUGGAGAGGGGGCUUGGGCCACUGCUCACUGCUACACAUGAAUCUGGGAGGUGUCCUUGGAAAACUGAGAUCCCUCUCCACUGCCUACACUGGGUGUCUCAAGUCAGGGUUUCCACUGCACCAGUGAGAAAAAGUUAGUCAGUGAUGAGUGAGGUGCCAUCCUUCCCUACAGGAGAUGGUCUGAAUUCCACCCAGAGCUGCCUUCUGCCUCAGGUUCUCCUGGGAAAACAGUAGGACCUUACUUAUGGAAGGGUCUUGGCAUUUCACUCAAUAACACAAACAUCUGGUGGCAUAUUACAGGUGCCCUACAAUGUCCUGUUGGGGUCCAGAUGUUGUUUCAAUGGCCUCAGACCCACACAGAUCAUAAACCUGGGCAGCCAGAGACUGCUGGGUGUCCAAAAUGACCCGAGAUGUCUUUGUGUAGGCAGUUGAGUGGGGCACUUCUCUGGACGUGGUUUUCUGUCAGACCCUCUCCCCCACCCUGGUGUAAUGCUCCAGUUUAUAACCAAAAGGAAAACAUCAUUGAUUUCCCACAGGUGGGAGCUGGCCAUCUUCACCUCUGUGCUCCCUGGUGUCCUUCCCUUCAGUGCCCACUGGUGAGGUUUGUCCUCAGGCAGAUGGUUUGUACCAGGGGUGUGUCUGGCAGGACGGGGGAAAAGGGACAAGGUGUCACCCCACAAAGUAACAGAUGUGAAAAAUAAAAGUGAAAAAGGACCAUAAUUCCAUCCUCUCCCAUGCUGCUAUCCAACCUCUCUUUUAGCUGAACAGAUGGGUUGGAUGGGCCCCAUCAGUUCCACAUCCAAGGAGUUAAAGACAGUGGCGUUACCUGCGAGGGGUGAAUUUGGCCUCAUCUCUUUUCUUUCUAUGAAAGAAAUGGAAAGUUUAGGAGUUUGGUUGUUUUGUUGGUUGGGUUGGGGGUUUUUUGCCCUUCUUUUGGUUUUAUUUUAGAAUUUGGGGGCUUCUCUUUCUCAGAGAAGAUGAAAAUAUGGGGAGGGAAGAACAUUUUUGUUGCUUGACCCCAGUUAUCUCUCUCAGCUGAGUGUUGUGCCCAGUCUUCUCCAAAGCAUUCUCAAGUCUCCAAAAUUGCUUCCACUCCUUAUGGGAAGCUUCACGUGCAGAACUAAAGCAGUUGGGAUUUAAUUUUUGGAGGGGAUUGCAGAGACAACCACACCACAAAAUGCAACAUGGCACAGAAAUCCCUGAGUCAGCACCGACCACGUCAGCCCUGCAGUGCUGUUGUCUAAGCUGAGCAUUGCAGAAUUUCUGUAUUAACAAAUCUCAGAAAACAGUUUCUUCUGCCUCUCAAUCUCAGAUAUUUUUUGUGUUUUCAUUGCAUUCAGAUGUACUGCCACAGAAAUGUCCCUGGGUUAUGUUAUAUUUGUCAUUGUGUGUUCAUAUUCUUAUCAUGCCCCCAUCCUUAAAUUAAUAUACAGGAGAAAAACUCUGAGCUUUGGGUCACUUUUUUUUUUUUUUUUUUUUUAUCUUCAAAGAUUGGUUUCAGUACUGAAAAUCUGGUGGUUUAUGUUGUUUGGGAUAUUCAGGGUUGCAGCAUGAGCACUCUGCAGAAGCUGGGAGUUGUGAAUCCAGUCCCAGGGUCUGCACUACGGAAAUUACUCCAGACUUUCCUUGGUGCUUUAACAAAAUCCAUUUGGGAGGAUGAAAACAGGGCCAUGAAAGGCACCAAACCCAAGGGCCCUGCAGAUAUCAGCCAGGGAAACAACCCCUGGCUCUUCCAGAGUCCUGCCCCAGGGCUGAGGGGAAGGGAUCACCCUGCUGGCAGUGCCAGGGUCGGGGGCUGUUUGCUCAGGUCUGUCAUUCCUGAGCUCCAGCAGCUGUUGGGAUGAGAUGUCAGAGGGUGUUGGGUGAUGGGAGAGAAGGUGGGCUGGGCAGGACAAGACCUCAUCUCUUCUUCAUACCUAUAGUUUCCUGUUUUCUACCUCCCUGCAAGCUAAAUCUUGGCUGCUUUAGUUGUGAUUUCUCAUUUUGGGAGUAUCCCUUUUUUCUAGAUUUCCCCUCUCUCACUGGAAGCAGCAGUGGCAUCUGGCUGAAUUGUUUUAUCCACGGCUUAACCCUUCCACCCUCCUGUUUCCUGCCCUCCCUUGUGCUCUCCAGCAAAGUUCCUGCUCUGCAGCUCCUCCCCCCCACCUCAGGUCCCCAUAAACAGCCCUGGGGUGCAGAUUCCUCAGCUUGGUGGGAAAUGGGGGCUCCUCUGGCCUCCAUUUCAAAGAAGGGGUCUUUAGUCCUCCUUCCUGCUCCUCCCAGUGGCUUUGUGGGCUUGGUUAAGUUGGCUGCAUUUCCCACUUUGCUGCAUUUUCCAGGGGGGUCUUUGGUGCAUCUCCACUUUGGAGGAGGAGGUUUUCCUCAAGAACAAGAGGCCAGGAGUUGAUUCCCAGGCAGUGGUACCUACAGUGGGAUUUGGAAUACAAAGUGAGGUGCUUCAAGGCAGGUAUCUACAUGUGUGCUAGGUGCCUAAACCCCCAUAGAAGCCAAAUUAUGGGCUCCAUUUGCCUAAACUCAGCAUUUAGGGCUGAACUAAAUUAUUGAAAUAGGUGUCUAGAGCCAGCUGGGAUGCUCCAGGGUACCCCACUGGCUCCUAAAAGCUACUCUGGAGGAAUGUGGGUUUCCCUUGGAUCUCAGGGCAUAUCUGGCAGACCCAUGCAGAUGUUUCUCCAUCAGAGAUGGAUAUCUAGAUGUCUGACUCCCAUGCAGACACAGGCUUGUGGACGUCCACAGGUGUGUGUGUCUUCAUCCAUGAGCAGGAUCCCACUCCAGAUUCCAAACUCCCUUUAGAUUCUCUGAGGUGGAAAACUGGUCAUGGUCUCAAUUCUCACUUAAACCAACAAAGAUCAGGUACCAGUGUCUCCAGGGGAGCAGAAGGUGGAGCUACUCUGUAAGAAUAAUUAUUUAAUCCACUUCACUGCCUGGUUUGUCAUGGCUUUGACCCCAAGGGAGCAUCUCUGCUCCCACAUAAUGGGAAUGGACAGGUCCCACUAAGUCAUCCACGGGUAAAAUCCUGCUCUUAGGUGGACACCACCCAGGUGGAGAAAGUUCCUGAAGCCACAGGGGUCUGUUCCACAUGAUCUCCUCCUCUGUCUCUGCAGACCUUUUCUUACACAUGCUCUGCACACCAAGGGAGGUCUUGGACAGCCCUGCAUGGAAGUGGGGAAAGUGUGAGGAGAAGCUUUCCCCAUUUCCCUUUCUUUUCCGAGUUUCUUCUUAUUAUUUAUUAGUAUUUAUUUAUUUCUCUCCGUUCAUUCCACUCCACCAAACAUCCUGAAGGCAGGUCUGCUACAGACACGGGCUGGGCAAGCAGCUGAGUGUCACCCCUGGCUUUGAGGGAUGGCACCGUGGUGUCAGAGCUCCUUGCCAACACUUGCCACCUGCUGCUGCCCCUUGGAAAGCACCAGAGGUCUGAGUCUUUCCAGGUCAGCCUCCCAAAAACUCCAAAACCAGAUAAAAUCCUCCCGAGUCUCUGCUGUAGCCCUGGUUGUCCCACUGCCCCUGUCCCCAGCUGAUGGCAGCUCAGCCUUCUCCUCCUCCUCAUCCCAGUAGGGAACCACUCCAUCAAUCCCUCGUGGCAUCACUUUCUGUCACUCCCAGGACCAAACCUGCCCGAACAAGACCUGUUGUAGCUUUGGACUCACUGACAAGCCCACCAGCAGUGUGGAAGACGUAAAACACAAACCUGUAGCACCCCAGGGGAUUCCCCCACGGUACAAAACAUGCUUGUCCAGCAGUCAGGGACAAGUAUCUUCUUGUGAGUGGGUUUUUUUGCUGUUGCUUUCCCUUCCCACAGACUGUCUGCCUGAUUACAUCGCCUCCUUCAAAGCUCCAUCACUGUCUGUAACCCCUGCCCUCACCCCUGUGUACAGAUUGCAUGUAUGAUACAACCUGAAAUUCCAAAGCUAUUGUACAAAGUAGAGUUGUCACCUUUUCCUUUUUUUUUCCCUCUCAGUAUUUUGUUAAGUCUGAUGAUUUUUUUAUGAUUAUUUAUUUUAUGAAUAAAUGUAUAUAUUAGUAAGAGUAUAUAUUUGCGGAAAUAACUCAUCGGGACAGUGUUGUUGCUCUGCUGUUGUGCUUGUGACCUCAUUGGCUUUUACCCCAUUUUCUACUGACAGCACAUUAGCAAUGUCUUGUAACUGUUUUUUGUUACCAGUUAAGUUUGAUAGAUGUGUUAACUUUAUAAUGAAAAUUAAAAAAAAAAAAAAGGCGCAUUAAUUUUAA